AUGCUUUCAAAUGGGUUGGCCAAUAAAAUCAACCAAGCAUUAGCAGUAGUUAAAAUGUUAACUUUGAUCGUCAUAAUAAUUAUUGGAUUUGUUCAACUUAUUAGAACAGAUAUCAGUAAACCAAAUUGGCAAAAUCCAUUUCAAGAUAUAGAAAAUCUUAAAUUACCAAAUCUUGCCAGCGCUUUGAUUUCAGUUUUUUUUGCAUACAAUGGUUGGAACAAUUUGAAUUACUCUUUGGAUGAAUUCAAAGACCCCAAAGGGAAAUUGGUAUACAGUAAUAGUCUUAGCGUUACUGUUGUGACUAUAUUAUAUGCUCUUACAAAUGUUGCCUUCAUCACAGUUGUGAAGUCUGAGGAUGUAAAUAAACCUGGAAAAGAUUUUAAUGAAUUGAUAGCGGGUACUUUUGCUAAAGAAAUAGGCGGUGAAGAUUUUGCAAGAGUAUUAUCUUUCUUUGUUGCUUUAUCUGCUUUUGGUGCCGUAUCUUCCAUGACGUGGAGGUUUCAUCAUAAAAGAUAUACACCAUACAAUGCACUUCUAGUACAAUUUGUCUGGUGUGUGAUGGUAUUUGUUAUUCUUGGAGGAGCAUUCUCUUCUGAUGCAUUCAAAUUACUAUCAGAUUUUGCCACAUAUUUUGCAUGGAUUUUUUACUUUCUUGCUAGUGUUGGUUUAUUGUGGCUUAGAUACAAAGAACCAGAAAUUCUUCGGCCAUUCAAAGUUUGGAUUGUAUUAACAGUCAUACUUGUAUGUUCGGCAAUAUUUAUAAUUAUUGGUAAUGCAAUCGAAUUAGAUAUGCAACCAACACAUCUUACACCCAAUGCUGUUUGUCAAGAAGAUGCAAAAACCAUUAAAAAUUACAUAAAAUCAAUUAUAUGUAUUGGAUGUUUAAUUGUCGGGACUGGUUGUUGGUAUGUUAAUGAUUUUUAUAUAGACGUUUUAUAG